CAAGUCUCGCGAGACGAGAUUUGGGACGUGGGACCUAGCUUUCCGGUUUGGCGUACAGGAUCUAGAUAUUACCCUCGUUCCGGGUUAAACAACAAUUCGGGGCUGCGGGCUGUGUAAAGAAAAGCGACACUGUCCCGCGGUCACUCACUACUCCUGGUCUGGGUGCGACACCCCGAAACAGCAGCUUUGGGAGGCUUUCACGACCAAUACUCUGUCGAGUGCAAGGAUUUAUCUCAGAAUGCCACUUCGAUGAAAUUACAAUGUUGGUUACAGCAUACUUGUUUCUCUUGGGGCUGUUAGCUCUAUGGGGCGUGCUGGAGUUCUCUGCCUGUCAUUCUAAGCCAUCAGCCUCCAGCAAUGCACUGGGAAACCCUGCCUUUCGACAGUUUCAAUAUGACUUCUAUAGAACUUAUUUCCCAGCUCUGGCAGCGGAUUGGUUGCAGGGCCCCUACCUGUACAAAUUGUACCAGCACUACCACUUCCUGGAGGGACAAAUAGCAAUCAUCUAUGUCUGCGGCUUUGGGGCUAGUGUGUUUGCAGGUCUAGUGAGCGUCCCGCUGACAAGUCGACUUGGUCGCAGGAAAUCCUGCAUUCUGUUUUGCCUUCUCCUCUCAGCGAGCUACCUGUGCAAGCUGUCUCAAGAAUAUUUUGUGCUUAUGACUGGAAGGGUUUUGGGUGGCUUUUCAAGCUCUUUACUCUUUUCUUGCUUUGAAGCAUGGUACACCCAUGAACACGCUGAGCAACAUGAUUUUCCAGCUGAGUGGCUCCCUCACACCUUCACUCGGGCAGCUGAAUGGAACGGAGGCAUAGCAAUAGCUGCAGGAAUAACUGCAAAUGUCUGUGCAGAGUGGCUAGGUCUUGGUCCUGCUUCACCCUCCGUGCUUGCCGUGCCCCUCCUUGUUUUAUCUGUAGUCCUAGUGAUACGGGAGUGGGAUGAAAAUUAUGGACAGACCAGUAGCUUUCGGAGAGUAUGUGGAGAUGGAUUGCGGUGUCUUCUGAGAGAUCGACGGGUGCUGCUUUUGGGUACCAUCCAAGCUUUAUUUGAGAGUGUAGUUUAUAUAUUCAUCUUCCUUUGGACACCAGUACUGGAUCCACAUAAUGCACCUCUUGGCAUUGCCUUUUCUAGCUUUAUGGCAGCUAGUGCAGUGGGAUCCUCACUGUAUCAUCUUGCAACUUCCAAGAAAUACCAUUUGCAGCCAAUGCAUGUCCUUUGUCUCUCAAUUCUUAUGGUGUUCUUUUCACUCUUUAUGCUGACAUUCUCCACUGCUCCAGGCCAAGAGCAUCCAACAGAGUCCUUGCUGGCAUUUCUGCUCAUUGAGUUGGCUUGCGGCCUCUACUUUCCUGCCAUGCGAUUCCUGAGGCGCAGGUUAAUUCCAGAGAAAGAGCAGACAGGUGUAUUGAACUGGUUCAGAGUUCCUCUAAACCUGCUUGCUGGAUUAGGGCUACUUGUACUGCAUGACAGUGACUACCAAAGUGGUACCAGGAACAUGUUCAGUUUGUGUGCCAUCACAAUGGUACUUGCCCUGCUCUGUGUGGUAAGCCUCUUCACAAUGGUGAGAAAUGACUCUGAAUUAAGGCUUCCAGCCUCUGAGCCAGAACCUAAUGGAACCGAGUAGUCUUUUUUUUUAAACAUAUAUAUGCUGUAAGAGACAGCAAAACCAAAGCAGGUUGCCACACAUUAAAGUAAAAGAAAUGUUUCAGGAAAAUGGUUCUAUUUUUCUGCAAAUUCCAUUGUUGGGUGAUCUGUACGCCUUUCAUUCUUUCUGUGGCUGUGAAGGUUCAACAAACUCUUAUUUUUCUCCCUCUUGAGAAAGCUAUGUUAUAUUGCAAGCAACGUUGAUUUUGUACUUGAUUCCUCUCUGGGAAACAACUUAAACAAGUGAAAAGUGGGUUUUAAGAUGGUGACUGUCGCAGCUUUCCAAAAUUGUGUUACAAUAUAUUAAAAACCAUGUGCUUAAAGCGCU